AUGAAUUCAAUCACUUUGUAUUUAUCCGUUUACUUUUCGAUCAUUCUCUUGCUGUCAGGCCCACUACUGGGAUUAUGUUCGUGUCCAGAUAAUACUUGGAUUCAACAUGAUGGGAGUUGCUAUAAAUCUUUUGCUGAACCGAAAACUUUCGAAAGUUCUCAACAACAGUGUCAAAGCAAUAAUAGUGAAUUAGUUACCAUUGACACUAGAGAGGAAAAUAUUUUUCUUGCAUCGAAUGUUCUUGGAAAUCAAAAUUUAAAAUUUUGGAUUGGAUUACAAGAUAAAACAGGAGAUAAGAAUUUUACAAGCUAUCAAUGGAUGUCUAACCUAGAAUAUUUAGAUUCAGCACUUUAUCAGAAUUGGCAGUAUGAUAAUCCAGUUGAGGCAGAAUAUCGCUGUGUCUAUUUUACUACACUAGGAUGGUAUAACUAUCCAUGUUCAAGUAAACUGCCGUUUAUAUGCGAACCAGAUAACUCUAGUUGUGAUCAUCAUUGGGAGAAUAUUAGUAACGUUUGCUUUAUUGUGGUAAAUCAAUCACUAACGUUUGAAGAUGCAAAUAUAUAUUGCUCUAACUAUCAUAAUGGGCGGCUGAUGGCCGUAGACAGUUAUGCUAAACAGACGGUGAUACAAUCUCAUAUCCAGCCUUUAUCGCAAGAUCGAUACUGGAUAGGCAUUCAACAGCUAUACUAUCAAUCCAAUGACUUUAACUACUAUUGGCUAUUCUCACAAAAAUCAACAAAAGAUAGUGGUUAUACCUUUUGGUCAUCUUCAUCGCCGUAUGAUUAUAAGCUACGAUGUGUUAGAGUGCUCUCUUCCUCGUAUAGUAACACUUGGGCAAACUAUCCAUGCAGUUACACCUAUCAAUCCGUAUGUGAGAUGCAUAUAGGAGCCGGUUCGAGCUGUCCAACAUACUGGAAAGCAUUUAAUUCCAGCAUUUGUCUUCAGUAUAUCCUCGAUUAUUUGAAAUUCGGCGAAGCUAGAAGCUAUUGUAAUUCGUUAAAUGCUAGUUUAGUAGUUAUUGACAGUCAAGAUAAACAAGACUUCGUAGGAAAUUUAAUUGGCGGUCCUUCUGUUAGGACGUAUUGGAUAGGAUUAGUAGAUAUUAGAGGAGACAAUUCGGUUACAAGUUUUCAGUGGUACUCCACUGACAAAACAUUAGCUGAAACUGGUUAUUCGAAUUGGGAAGAUAAUUAUCCAACUAGUUACAAAGAGCAGUGCGUUUAUCUAUUAGCCGGAAAAUGGAAUAAUGUAGUUUGUGGGAUACCUCUAUCAUUCGUUUGCGAACUAAGUAUGUAUCUUAUUUUCUGUAAAAUUUCGUUAUAUCGUUUCCAUGAAGUGUUCGGCAGACGACUGAUAUUGAGAAUACAAAGUCGAUUAAAAGCUAAAGUUUACCUUAGUUACUCUUUAUAG